UAGUGGAACACCUAUUUAUCUGCCAAAGAUCUGUGUAUUUGUUAUGGUUGUGAGCAGUAUUAACAAUAUUCAGCAUUCAAAUGAAAAAAACAGGUUGCUGUUUUAUAAUACUGCCAGCCUAGCACCUAAACCUACAGGUAAAACAUUCUGUAAAACUGCUUGAACUAGAAGCUAAAUCUGCACGACAGGCUUCAGAAUAUUUCCUGAAAUUACAAAUUUUACCGAGUGCUGUAGUACAGCUGAACCAGGAAGUAGCAUGCAUGCUUUGCACUGAGAGAGUUUGUAUUUGCUUCCACAUAGCAGGCAUCAGCCAUCAAGAUGAAGACUUCAUAAUUCACAGGUACCUUUGGCUAGCUCCUGGACUUACCUACCUGUCUGACUGUUGAGCCAUGGAAAGUAAAACUGUGAGGAUGGGUCACAUUUUCCUUUUAGUAUUAGUGGCAACAACAUGUUCCUUCAUCAUGAUUGGAAUUACUUGCCUCUAUUGGAACAGCCAGUGUACACUACUGGAGUCUGAAAACUUGGAUAUUCUGUUGGAGAAAACGUUUUGGCACACUGUCCCAUCUGUUAUAGCUGCACUCAGGAAAGAAUCUGCUGUUCUGUUUCAGAAUCUUUCUUCAAGCGAGCCUUGCCUGGAUUAUUUGAAUUUUAAUAAAAGUUCCAGUGGGAGACACAGUAGAUAUUAUCUGUCCACACCAUUGAAUACAUAUAGUGUGGGGGAAGUUAUUUCUAUCUAUGUGAAAAUGUAUGAUCAUUUAGGACAAAAAAUGUCAUCAGGAGGGGACUUUAUAAUUGCUAGACUUUACAGCAACAUAUCUGUUGCUGGGACAACUGGAUCAGUGUUGGAUUUAAACAAUGGAGACUAUUUAAUUACAUUCCCACUAUAUUGGGAAGGAAGGGCUUGGAUUUCUGUUAAACUGUACCAUCCAGCACAAGCUAUCUCUCUUUUGCGAAUGCUCAGAGAAAACUUCAGUCAUCGAUCGGCAUUUAAAGGCAUUUUUGUUUUCAAACACAUGAGAGAAGAAACAAACUGUAGCUGCGAUCAGUCUGUUCCAACCCCCUUGUGUGAUUUUACAGAUAAAACUUCAGAGGUGCCGUGGUUUUGCAGUAAACCUCAGGAACUGGAGUGCGAACACUUAAAGUACCUUCAGUGUUAUACUUCAGAAGAGUAUUUGUUAAAUGAAGAAGAAUCAAAGCUGCUGAACAGUGACAAUAUUUUGAUGGAUAUCCUACCAGCAGGACCAGCAUCUAUUUUUGUGAAGGGCAAAGCCAGAGAUACCCCACAGACGCCAUGUGUUGUCAAACCACUUAAACUUAGGCACUCAAAUGGAUUCGUCUUCAAUGGAAUUUGGUCUCCUGCUCAGUGCCAGAUGCAGUCUUUUCAUUCAGAGAGUACUGCUGUGCAAUGUCUAAAAGGAAAACAGAUUUAUCUCAUUGGUGACUCAACAAUUCGCCAGUGGUGGGACUACCUAGUCAGACUUAUUCCAUCUCUGAAUGUUUUUCAUCGUGGUAAAAUUAGAAGGACAGACAGGCAUUUGGCUUUGGAUUUUGUAAAUGACAUCUACCUACAAUGGACACCACAUGAGCUGCCCUGGGAAACAGGAGAAGAGUAUAUUUUUCUUAAUAUGCAACCCACAGUGAACCAGAUAAACAGCCUCUUUGGAGGUCCAGAGUACAUUAUUGUUUUGUCCGUUGGGGCUCAUUUUACCCCAUAUUCACUAAAACUCUAUAUUGAGAGAUUAAUAAGAAUUAGAAAUGCUCUGAAGAAUCUACUUACAAGAAACUCUGAAACUACAAUAAUCCUCAAAACUAUCAACACAAGAAAAGUGUACACAGAUAUACUAUUCCGUAGUGACUGGCUAAGUUACCAGUUGAACAAAGCUCUCUUUGAAAUCUUCAAAGGUAUGAACGUUGGUCUGAUAGAUGCCUGGGACAUGACUAUAGCAUACAAUUCUUGGGCUGCUCACCCACCUCUGCAGGUGGUUAAAAAUGAAGUGGACCUUUUAUUGUCUUACAUCUGUUCCAAGAAAAAAAAUCACACCAAUGUACUAUGAGUUGCACAAAUUUGAAGAAUGAAACAUUCGGCCUUGCAUAUUUAAAAUGUUUUACUUAUUUUUUUAUGUACUAGUGUUCUACAGAUGGAGGCAGAGGGUCAGCUGCUACAGGUGUAAGCUGCUGGAGGAGUGGCUGAUACUAUGGAAGAGGUACAAACGAAUUCCGUAGCCAUAAUCAUAACUGUGGCUGCUUAAGUUACAGUCAAUCAGUUGUUAUGUAUUAGGAGCUGUAAAAAGGAGCAAAGAACUAUAACAGCAGUACAUUAAACUCUGUAAAAAUUCUUUCUAUGUUCAGUGAACAGUGGGGCAGUUUUAUAACUCUUUGCUGCAGUUUAGCAAAGGUGUUUGACGCAGGAAACUGCUACAUAUAUACAUUAACAGCUAUUUACAUAGUAGUUUACUAUAUCAAACACCUUUGCUGCAGUUUAGCAAAGCUGUUUAUAUACAUAAACUAUUAUGUAUAUACAUUAACAGCUCUUUGCUAAGCCUGAAAAUGUUUUUGUGGUCCUCAACCCUGAGGAGAGAGAAUUCUUUUUUUGUCCUUAACUUCAAACAGUGCAGGCAAUGGAGACACUGCUUGGGGCCACAUCCGACUAUGAUACAGCUGUGCCUUUCAGAAUGUUUCAUAUGUCCCCUAUUCUCAGAAAGCCAUUAGUGAAAUGCUUUCUCCUCUGGGUGACUAGAAAGACAUAGGUUGGUCUUCAGAAAGGCUUACCAUGUGGAGCAUGGCAUCUUUCUGAUUGUUAGGCCACCCUACCAUUGAGGUUGUCCACUCAUUGGACUGAGGGUGGUCUCACAGGCAAAGCUACAUAAUAGUGUAGUAGUCUGGAGAAGUAAUUAAUGAAAAGGAAGAAAUGGUAACCUCUGCCCAAACAUGGAGGUCAGUCAUUCACUCCUACUGGAAAACUUGCAGUGCAGGUAAUUUCAGCAAAGACAUUGGAGUAGAGGAUUAGUGCAUGUAUGUGUAUGUGCAUGUUUGUAAGGGCAUGAACAAAACUUAAUGAGUGUGUGUGUGUGUGUGUGUG